AAAUGAGUCUUAAAUACAAUUUAAGAAGUUCAAGUGCCUUAGAAAAGCUUGACAAAUUUCAACUAAUCGCAAAAGUAAAAGAGCUUGAAACAGAACUUGCUAGAACUAAACACCACUCAAACGAAGAACGCAGUAAAGAAAAACUAAACAAUCACUACUCAAACAACACAGAAGAACAACGCAACAUAGACGAAGAACUCAUAGACGAAGAACGUAACAUAGACGAGGAAAAAGUGGUAGAAUUUAUUGCAAGCUCAUGGAACAAUGAACAUAAAAGAAAAACUUUAGUUGACAGUCUAAAAGAACAUGGCUAUGAAAUAAAAAAGAAAAAAAUAACACAUUCUAAGACAAUCAGUAUUGACUUAUGGAAAAAAGAUCUAACUGAUUCUCAGAAA